AUGGAUUCCAUUAAACUACUCUUCCUCUCUCCGGAGGUCAACCCAAGUAACCGAAAGGCCAGGUCGAUCCCAAUACUCAACCCAUUUGACAAAUAUGGACGGGUCUACUUCUUCUCAUGGCUUGGGUUCAUGGUUGCAUUCCUAUCGUGGUAUGCAUUUCCGCCUCUGUUGACUGUCACGAUCCGAAAGGACUUGAACAUGACGCAGGCUGAAGUUGCCAACUCAAACAUUGUUGCUCUUCUAGCGACGUUACUUGUUCGAUUCAUUGCAGGGCCGCUCUGCGACCGCUUUGGUCCGCGUCUCGUAUUCAUUGGCCUUCUACUCUGUGGCUCUAUCCCAACCGUGAUGGCCGGGCUUGUCACCAAUGCCCAGGGACUGAUCGCCCUGCGCUUCUUUGUUGGCAUUCUGGGAGGCACAUUCGUCCCUUGCCAGGUCUGGUGUACUGGGUUCUUCGACAAAAGGAUCGUCGGAACCGCCAACUCCCUGGCUGCAGGAUGGGGAAAUGCUGGUGGUGGCAUCACAUACUUCCUCAUGCCCGCCGUCUUCGACUCACUCGUCCACAACCAAGGCCUCCCAGCUCAUAAAGCCUGGCGAGUAGCCUACGUCGUGCCCUUUAUCAUCAUCGUCGCCAUAGCCGUCGCAAUGUUCUUCACCUGCGAAGACACCCCAACAGGGAAAUGGUCCGAACGCCACCUCUGGGCCGAAGAGAACAGCAGAUCCAACGCCAACAUCGUCGAAAUCAACUCCGGCAUCUCUUCCAGCCAUCCAUCCAGCCCACCAUCGGUAACCAACAUCGUCGCAGACAUCGAAAAGAAAGGAAACCCCUCCCCACCCGAAAACCAUGACGUCCUCCUCAGCCUCUCCACCGCCGCCGUCGCAAUCCCCUACGCCUGCUCCUUCGGCGCCGAGCUCGCCAUCAACUCCAUCCUCGGCGAAUUCUACGCCGAAAACUUCCCCUACAUGGGUCAGACCAAGACCGGCCAGUGGGCCGCCAUGUUCGGCCUUCUCAACGUCAUCUGCCGCCCCGCUGGCGGCUUUCUCGCAGACCUCCUCUACCAGCACACGCAGUCCGUCUGGUCGAAGAAGAUCCUCCUCACCUUCCUGGGCAUCGCAAUGGGUGCCUUCCAGCUCGCGCUCGGGCUCUCAGAUCCAAAAAGCGAAGCCACCAUGUUCGGACUCACUGCGGGCCUCGGUUUCUUCCUGGAGGCAUGUAACGGAGCCAACUUCGCCGUUGUACCUCACGUCCACCCCUUCGCUAACGGAAUCGUCUCUGGCGCCGUAGGCGGAAUGGGUAAUCUAGGAGGCAUCAUCUUUGCCAUCAUAUUCCGCUACAACGGCACGCACUACGCGCGCUCGCUGUGGAUAAUCGGGGCCAUUGCCAUCGCGGCCAAUCUGGCCGUUUCAUGGAUUCGACCGGUGCCGAGACGCCAGAUGGCAUGA